UCCACCAUUUUUUUUCUUUCUCCGAAAAUGGUGAGCAAAUUCAAUGGUUUACCUCCUCUCAAAAGGUACAGGCUCAUCCAACAACAAAACCAAGAAACAGAAAACCCUAAAAAUAUCACCACCACCACCCCUUUAUGCCUUCCGGCGAAAAAACGCAAACAGUGCCUCGAUUCGCCGCCGCCGCCGCUCCCUCCCCCCAUCUCCACCUCCAUAUGUUUGCCGGCCAAGAAACGGAUCUUCGCCUUCCACCCCUUCGACCUCAACCUCCAAUACAACGACGAAUCGGAAAAAUCCACGGCGGCCCAAGAUCCAGUAAACCAAGCCGCCGCCGCCGAUGACGACGACGGAAUUAUCUGCGCCGUCUGCGAGAGCACCGACGGAGACCCGACGGACCCGAUCGUCCUCUGCGACGGCUGCGAUCUGAUGGUGCACGCCACCUGCUACGGCCACCCCUUCACCGCCGGAAUCCCCGACGGCGACUGGUUCUGCGCCCAAUGCCUCGAAACAAAAUCAGAUACCCCAAAGGCGGCGGCCUGCUGCCUCUGCCCUGUGGCCGGCGGUGCGUUGAAGCCGACGACCGACGGGAGGUGGGCCCACCUGGUGUGCGCGAUCUACGUGCCGGAAGUGUUCUUCGCGGACGCAAUUGGGAGAGAAGGGAUCGACUGCAGCAAAGUGUUGGAGAGGAGAUGGAGCCGGAAAUGCUACAUCUGCGAAACGAAGAACGGGUGCGCGGUCGAUUGUUCGGAGUCGAAGUGCGCGUUGUCGUUUCAUGUGAGCUGUGGUUUGAAAGAGGAUCUUUGUGUUGAGUAUAGAGAUGGGAGGAGGAAUAGUAAUAAUCAAGUUGCUGUUGUUGCUGCCUUUUGUGCUGUUCAUACUGAUUUAUGGAAGAAGCAAGAGCAAACAGGGAAGUUCAAGAUUGUUGCUAGAGAUGAAGACAAGAAUUAGCAAGAUUUAAAAAAA